AAACUGAAGUAUAUACAAUUGGAAACAAAUACACUUGUGGUUUUAAGCAUUUUGAAUUCACAGUUUUAAGUACAUAAUUACGGUACAAAUAACUAUGUGAUUUUUUACUUGUUUAUAAAUGGAAAGAAUCGAGAUUAACACAGAUUACGACAGUAACAGUAGCUCUAGCACAAUAAUUGACGAAGCUAACAGUUCAAUUGUCAAUGUUAAUUUUAGAGGCUCAUUUAAUGGGGUUAGUAAGAACAUUUACGAUUUAAGCGAAUUUGAAGAGACUUCAGAAAUUUGUGAAAAAUCCUAUAUAAACAAUGAAACUUGUAGUGAACUUUUAAAAGGACUCUCUCAAAAAUAUUCUCCUGUUGCAACCUCUAUUUCAUCACAAGCAAAUUCAAAUCCAAUUAUAGUUUUAUCUGAUUCUUCUUCAAACGAGGGUACAUAUAGCGAAGAUAUUUUAAAUGGAAAUGAAAUAUUUGAAAAUCAACAAAAUAACUUCAUGUCCGAUGAUAAUAACGAUGAAUUACAAAAUAAAUCUUAUUCAAAAACCAAAAGAUUGAUCAACAAAUGCAUUGCUCAAGAAAAAGAUAUAGAAACUGACAAUGGGAUUAAUAAAAUUAAAAAUGGUCUCAAAAGAACUAUAAACUACAAUGAGAAUGAUAUUGAAGAAGAUGUAAGAAAAAAGUGUGACAAAAAGAAGCAGAAAGAUCAAAAAUUGUCUAAAGAAAAACAAAGAAACAUUAAAAAAUCAAGUAAUCCUGAAAAAUUACUAGAAGAUAUUAUAGUUAAUAUAGAUGAAUUAACAUUUAAUAAUGUUGAAUAUGGAAGUACCAUUUUACAACAAUUGGAAAAUUGUGGAGUUGCUUACAGAAAACAUUCUUCACUAACUGGUGUAAUUUCAUGGAGUAGAAAGAUUUAUUCAAAUGAUAAUUCAAUACCUGAAGUUACUGAACAGAAAGAGACACAUUAUUUAAUUAUUUUACUGCCACACCACUUUGGUUCUCUUCUUCAGUUAAUACUAAACAUCAAAGAACAUACAAAUUUUCAUCAUCUAACUGUACUUAUAUAUAGUCCGAAUAAACCAACUUCGUCUCAAGAAGAAGAGAUGAUCCAAUUGGAUAUUAAUUUUCCUAUUUUCUGGCAGUAUGUUCCAACAAAAGAAGAUUUAGCUUCCUUUGUAUUUAUGGCAACAAAGUCUGUAGCUCAAAUUCCUCAUAAAAAACAACAAGAAGAAAAGUAUAAGCUUCAAAGUGAAUAUUUUAACGAUGCCAAUAAAGAUGUUGUUAAAGUUGAUAAAAAAGGCAAUGGAUUAAGUCGACUUUGGUGUCAGAUGUUAACAAUGUUUCCUUUAGCUCGAUUAGAAACAGCUGAAGCUAUAAUGGCCGAGUAUCCUACUAUGUCUUCAUUUUUUCAGGCUUAUAAAGACUGCGCGGAUACAGGUGAAGUGCUUAUUCAAAAUUUACCUAUUAGGAGAGCACUGGGUCCGACUGCAACUGUUAAAAAACUUGGCCCAGAACUCAGUCGCAAGUGUUACCGUCAUUUUACCUCGGAAGAAAAUAUAUUUUUAUGACUGAAUUUUUCAAAAAAUAUUUUAUUCAAAUACAUCUUUAUACAAUUAUAA